AUGGAGAGCCAGCGCUGCUUCGCCAACCGCUUCGAUGACUACCCGGGCAGCCCCGCGGCGGCGCCGGACAGGGAGGCGGCGGUGCCGCUGGUGACCGCCACCAUCGAGCGCAUCCUGCGGGAGCUGCCGCCCCUGGGCGGCCCCCGCGGGUGCCCGGGCGGGCUGUACGGCGGCGUGGCCGGCGUGGCCUACAUGCUGUACCACGUCGCGCAGUGCCCGCUGUUCGCCCCGUCAAGGGACUCGUACCUGCGGGCCGCCCGCCGCGUCGUGGACGCCUGUCUGCGGUACCAGGAGGGAUGCGGCGAGGCCGACGCCGACACCCGCGCCGCGUUCCUGCUGGGCGGCGCCGGGGUGUACGCGGUGGCAGCGCUGGUCUACCGAGCCCUGGGGCUGCCCGAGUUCGCCCGCCCGCUGGGCAAGUUCAGGGAGCUCAGCGAGGUCUGCGCGCCGCUCUCCUUCCUCGAGUGCGGCUCCGACGAGCUCUUCGUGGGCCGCGCCGGGUACCUGUGCGCCGCCCUGGUGCUGAAGCAGCGGCUGGGCAUGGAGGUGCUGACCCCAGCACAAAUAAAAUCAAUUUGCCUGGCCAUACUCGAAUCAGGAAAACAGUAUGCAGUGAAGAAGAGGAAACCAUUCCCACUCAUGUAUUCCUACUACGGGACAGAGUAUCUUGGUGCAGCUCAUGGGCUUUCGUCAAUCCUUCAGAUGUUGCUCUCCUACUAUGAGUACCUGCAGCCAGCAGAUCAGGAGCUUGUGUGGCAGAGUGUGGAUUUCCUUAUGGACCAGGAACAGAACAGCAACUGGCCUCCUGAGCUGGGGGAGACGAUCGAGCGGGAGAAUGAGCUCGUGCACUGGUGUCAUGGAGCUCCAGGCAUUGCAUACCUGUUUGCCAAAGCUUACCUGGUUUCCAAGAAGCCUCAAUAUCUGGACACUUGUAUCCGCUGUGGAGAGCUGACUUGGCAGAAAGGCCUGUUGAAGAAGGGCCCUGGAAUAUGCCACGGAGUGGCUGGUAGUGCUUAUGUGUUCCUGCUGCUCUAUAGGCUCACUGGAAACUCAAAAUACAUAUACAGGGCACAAAGAUUUGCAGAGUUCUUAUUUACAGAAGAAUUUAAGGCUGGUUCCCGGGCACUAGAAAGUGUAUAUAGUCUGUAUGAAGGUUUUUCAGGAACUGUGUGUUUCCUGACUGACUUGCUGCAACCCAACCAAGCCGAGUUUCCUCUCUUCAGUGUCUUUGUCUAAAGACUGACACCCUCCAGGGCCACAUCCCGGUGGCGAUGGGGGAGGGCACCUGCAGUUUCACUUUUUUUGUCAAGACAGGCUAUUUACAAAACGAGCCAGUGGUACCACUAAUGCUAGCCUUAAUGUAGCUGGGAGUCAGGUGAAAAAGAAAACACACUGGGGCUUUAGGAGGGAAGUGUGUGGUCACCAAAAAUGGGUCAGUGAAAAAAAAAGGGGGGUGGGGGGAAGUGAUUGAAUCUGAUGGGGUAGAUAUUUAGCUAUAAUAAGAAGCAUAAUCUAAUCAUUUAAGUGGGAGAGAAAGGGGCAUUAUCAUACUUUUAAUUUGGCAGUUACACAGGAGAAAAAAAAAAGUCAAACUAGAGUUGCAGGGACACGCAAAGAAGAAACAGUGAUGCACUCAGUAGGUUUUAAAAAGAGUCUUGCAAAGACAAUUCAUGAAGCAAUGCACUUACUGGGGAAGGUGUUGUAGACAUUUCACUACACUGCACAAAGGCAAAAUCUGGGACUUCUUUACUUCAACCACAUCUGCUAGUUUUAGUAACACGUAUUAGGAAUACCUGUAUCUUGGAGCUCUUUCCUCUUCAUGUGCAUGUAAUGACAGUUCUGUAGAUAGCUGUGUGUUCGGGCUGCAGUUUCACAGUUUGUUUCAGCAAGUGGGGUCUCGUGUGUAAAUGAGCACUGAAUUUGACCCUUCCUUUCAGAGCUCAGUCUGUGACAAGGAGCUGGUCUCCUUGCUGACUUAUUGUAACCCUGUCACUUGUCAGUAAUUUCCUGGUCACUGGGAAGGUGGGUGGAGCUGUGGAGAAGACUUGGUUAAAAAGGUUCUGUAGCAAAGAUACAGCAGGCAGAUGCUUUCUUCAUGAUACAGCAUUGCUAGAUAAGUAUUGUUCAGUGACACAAAAGCUUCCUUUAAAAAUUACUUAUAGCAGCAUUUCUGAACAGUAACAUACAUAUUUCAAACAAUGGAAAAACCUGUUUUCCUUGAUGAAUUAUUCACUAUAAACCCUGCAAACUGAAUGCAAACCUUGGAUGACAUACUGAUCUUAAGAAAAACCUGGUAACAAAUUCAAAAUUGCUUCUUUUCCUAGUAAACAAAAUAGUGUAUAUGCCCAAACGAUUUUUAGCUAUAUAAAUAAAUGGGUUGCUCAAUACUAGUUGCACUAGCACUUAAGGUUGCAAUUAUAUGCUGUUUUAUAUGUAUUAUAGAUGUGACAUGGUUCUUGAAAGCUAAAGAAACCAUUGACGUAGAUUUGUACUAAAAAUAUAAAAACAAUAUCUGUAGUUAAUAUAUAUUUACUAUUUAUUCAUUUAUUUUUAUUUAUAUGGGAAUAUUGUAACACAAUUAUCUGUAAAGACAAAUUGGAAAGACCAGUAUGUCAGAAACGGAAGUUAUAGAAAAAAAGCAGAUGUACAUGCACUGCCAAACAAUGCAGUCUCUCUUCCUGCAUUCUCAGCUGGAGGAGAUUACAAUUUCUUUAUUUUUAAUGCCUAAUGGAUUAAAGUUCCCAUUUCAUUUCAGUGGGCUUUGAUCAGGCUAUAAGUUGGAGCAGGGUCUUGAAAUCCCUCCACAUUUUAAUGUAAUAAUCCCAUUCCUGUUCUUGCCACUGUAAUUUUAAUGAGAUGGGUUGCAUGACUAUGAGCUGCAGAUAAGGAUUUCUGUUAUUUUGUCUUGCCCUGUGCAGCUCUAAUUAAUUACUUAAUAAUAGAAAUAACCAUAUUUCAUUAGUGAAUAAAGCAAUGCAGUUCUGUAUCAGUUUGUCAAGAAUUUAGGUAUCUUUUAGCAAAUGCAAAUGUUACAAAUCAAGAUACAUUUGCUAUGUGUUUAUUAUUUGUGGGUUAAAAGGUCUUCUAAGAAAGCCAUAAAUGUCACUUAGUUGAUUACUCUGAGCAGUGAGAUGUGUGCACAUGGAAGGAUGAAUUCCACAGGGAGGUGUACAUGUGAGGCUGAAUCAAAAAGUCGGUGGAGAUGUGUGUGAGCUCUGCCCAGCAAUGUUGAAAUGCUCCUGUUAGAUCAGAGCAAAGUCAAUUAUCAGUAAAGAUCCCAUCUCCAUUAGGAUGUUUAUCUAGUUGCUUCCUGUAAUGCAUGUGGCUCAUAUAUUUCAUAACUGGAAUCUUUUUAAACAAAUGUCUAAGGAAGGUAAAACUUGGUGUAUCCACUUUCGCAAUGUGAUCUAAAACUUUUCAAUCUCAAUUUUUGUUGUAGGGUAAUGUCACUCAGCUGAAGCAAGUGAGUAACAACAUUUGUGCCACAGCAUUUAAAUAGCUACUAUAACUGUGUUCUGUCUUACACUAAACCAGAGAAAUAGGUUUUGCUGUGAUCUGGACUGAAACUUUUGCAAUCCUUCAUUUAUUGCUAAGUCUUUUAUUUAGAGAUACAAACAUAAACCAAAAGCGUCUAGUGUUUUGAUAACUACACCUUAAAAAAACCCUAAACAACUCCAAACUUAAGCCUUAACAGAAUCUACACGUAUCAGAAUAGUAAUCAUGAACUUUUAACUUUGUCCCAGUGCCUACUUUUUAAUUAUCAGUGGGCCACAACAUUUAAUUGUUUCCAGUUAGUUAUCUCUCAGGAGAUGCUUGAGAAUGAAAACCAUUGCCAAAACCUCAAUAAAUCUAGAGCAUGAUGAAUCAGUAACUUAGAUUCUGACCAAGUUACAAGUGCUAAUACCAUAACAUAUACCACAUGUGUUAAAAUUUACCAUAAUAGCAGUAGACAAAAUCACUCUGUUUUAUUAUACUUUACUUCCAAUGGUCAAGUUUGCAUUUAUCUUUAAAUGUGAUUCUUCAUAAAUGGCAGGAAAUAAAUCAAGAACUCAGUGUCAGUUUUCUAGUGGUUUUUCCUCUGUGUCCCUUUGUAGAAUUAAUUCCUUCCAAAUUACAUUCAGAGGAGACUGAUCUGCUCUUUGUGUUCAACAGCACCCGCAAAACAGAUCUUUCUCCACAGCUGUUCUCCAUAUAUGAAGCCAUGUGUUUGGCUUCAUUUGAUACUAAUCUCCUGACAAAGAAAAUAGUUACUUGAGUAAGAGUUAGUCCAUUCAACAAUAAAAAAAACCCAUGUAACUGCCCAAUUUUUGAAAUCUAGGUCCCAAACAUCUUUCUGCAGGUUAUGCGACUUGGUCACUGACUUUAGCAAGGGCAGCACACAAAUAUCCAGUGUCAUGGUUUGCAUCUAGUAAAAAUUUUGGAACAUGAUUAUUCAUCUCUUUCAUCAGACAUGGCAGUUUGAUCUCAUUCUUAGAGCUUUGUGGCUUUUCUUACCUGACCUGGCUGGGUUAAGGUGGCUACUAGAUGUGCUGCAGUCACAGCUUCUGAACACAGUGUAAAUACACCCAGGGCUCUUCCAAAAAUCCCAGUUAUUAAAUGAGCAGGGGUUUUUUUUCAUCUUUUCCCUCCUCUUUAUUGCCUAUCUUGAUUUUAUUCUUUGUACUAUAUAUGCUGUUACAUACAUGCUGUUGCAACCUUUAUUUGUUGCUUUUAAGACAAUGACAGGAAAGUAACCUGAGCAGAACCAUCGGCACUUUUCGGUGUAAUAAAAAGUAAGGUUCUUUGUGUUCCCUUCUUCCUGCUUGGAGAAAUCAAUCAUGCAACCUUUGCUAGACAUUCUCCAUGAGCUGCUGUCUCCUCCUGCUCCUGAGUUGGGCCCCAAUAGACUGAAAAAGUGUAUGAUUCUGCCAUGGUGCUGUGACAAAGGACUGUGUUACUGGAAACUCGAGGGGCCUCUUUCGAAGUGUAAAACACAAGUAACUACGUCAUGUUUGCACAUUAGUUUCUUGACUGUGUUUAGUUUCUAAAGUGUAGGCAAUAGGAAUUUAAGUGAUAUAAUAGUAUUUCUGGUUAUGGUGUUAAAGCAAAGAGGAUGCAUUGUGUGGGUAUUGAUGCUUAUUUGUGAUGUGCCUGUGUUUGUGUGGUGCUGUUUGUGAUUAAAGCUGUAGAUUACACAUCAGUUUAAUGACUUUCAUGUUCAUGACUUUUGGUCUGUCACCCAUAGAUUACUGUCAGGGAAUAAUUUUGAGAGAAACUAGAUUGGUAAUGUCCAGAUGUAUUGAUUUCAGGAUUCAUAGAACCAGACUCAAUAAGUUUUAUCAACAAUACAGUUCUAACAAAUAUAUCUUCAUUUUUACCUGCUACUCACAACUUCUCAUCAUAACAACAUGUUCAUUUUGUGCCACUGCUUUCAGUGCUUUCAAUAUCUGCUUUGUUUGCAUCAUUGUUGCCUUUGGUUUCCCUGCCUUUCUUUCCCAACCUAUGAAUAACUAGAGAAGGCUGAAGAAGCAGCCCAGGUCUUUUGUUCUUGAAAAUAAGAUUGAUUUUGCUUAAGCAGGGUAUUCCACUAACUUGCCUUACAUUAUUUUAUGCUUCCAGGUGGUCUCUUCUCACUGGCUCUGCCAUUUCCCACUUGCUAAGGAAAAGUCAUUAUACUGUGUAAUGACUGUCACUGAUGUUUUACAUCAUGGAGCAUGGUCACUUCUCUAGUAUCUCAAUUCUAUUAAGACAAUCAAAACCAAGUGAAAUGGCUUAACAUUCCAAAAUUCACCUUUAAUUAGUUCUGGGAAAUACACAUAAACAAAUACAAGUAAAGUGGUCACCCUUAUUGCUACUCUGUCAGAUUAAUGGCAUUUUGAUGUUGUGAUGCUAAUUAUAUAUGGGCAUGUAAACAAUAUCAGAAUACUGAUAUUUUUUAAAAUAUUGUGAAAAAAAUUGAGAUAUAGGUAUCUGGUGUAUUCAGCAGCAUACAGGGGCAAUCUGUGCAAAUGGAAACUUUGAUAAGCAAUCAGCUUUUUGUACUUACAUAGUUAUCUGCAUAUACAGUUACAACAUCUGCCAACAUAUUGCAUGUUUUAUGCCAACAGUGACCUAUUUUAGUGUGUGCAUGCAUUUUGAGAAUGUACCCUUGUUCUUUGGAUCUCUGAGGUCUGCCAAGUAAAUCUCAGGUGCAGUAAUCUUCUCCUGUAUACCUUGAAUAUUCUCUGGCAUGAGUGUGUAUUCUAAUUUGUAGGAAGAUUAGUAUAUCAGGAAUAAGAAUUGCCCUAUAGAUUUUUUUAAAGAGUAAUCUUGAUGUGGAGAACUACACUGAUGAGCAAUUGCUGGUCAGCAGCUCAGCCUGGACAUUUCAGUUUAUAUAAUUAUGUCCUGGACAAAGUAGUAAGCAGCAGAAAGCUAAAUUGAAAAGAAAUAAGAAAAUGAAAGAAAAUGACCAAAAAUCACACUACUAGGGGAGCAACAUACUUCAAAGCCAUAAGCCAAAAACACUCAGGGCCCACAGAAAACAAUACAGCAGUUUAGGGAUGUGAAUAGGCAUUUUCCUAGAAAAUAGCACAGUGUGCUUCACUGCACAGGUAGUGGUACAGCAUCCACUGUGCAGGUUUCAGCUGCCUUGAACAGCACUUCAUUGCCAUUAUAGCAAAGUCAUCAUAUGCUGAAAAAGUUUGCCUGUGAAGGAGUUGCCUGUAGCUGAACCUACUGCCUGCUGGAACAGAAGUGAUGUACACUAUUGAUGCUGAGGCAGUUUAAAAAAAAAAUACAUUCAAGAAGCCAACAAGCUCCAACUUUUCAACCUGCCUUUGAAUUACUAAACCUCCUGACUAAUUUGUAUUGUCACCAUUGGUCCUGUACCCUUUAUAUUUAAAAUUCUAUAUCAUGCUCUUGAAAAAACUCACAGUUUUUAUAUAGCAAUCUGCUUGAAAAUAUGUAAGGCCAUGUUUAUUGUUGAUACUUAGAAGGUUGUAUUUUGGAAAGCCCCUUGACUUUGUUCAUUGCAUGAGUCAAUGAGACGGUGGAGGCAUUUAGGUCAAGUACAGCAAUAUCAACUGGAAUGGCAGCAAAAUAAAUAAAACCUCAUUUUGCCAAGUGGUAUAAUGAUAUUUGAAUAAAAGAUACUUUACAGUGCAGUGAUAUUCAGUGACAGCACUGCAUGGCUAUAUGUGCAUACUCCAGAGAAAAUGUUAUAAAGAAGUCCUGAAGUCAAUUAUAUUUUAUAGGGAAUAGAAAACCAAUCCUAAUCAAGCCUAUAUUUCUACUUCAGAUAGAAGAGAAAGGCUGUCUGACCAGAAAUUUAAUUCUGCUCUGUCUUCAUUACCAUGACCACACAUGAGAGAAGAAAGAUUUCCUCUAACAGUGGUCUGAUUUUGCCACUGGUUCAGCCUCCUGCACUCAUUUUAAGGGCCUGACAUGCCACCUUCUGAUGUCAGUGAUGAACCUCCACUUGAUUCCAGGCGUGCAUGGUAGGUCCACAUAUGUGAAACAGGGGCAAAACUAUUAUUCCAGACCCCAAGCCUACAAACUUUCCUUCACACAUGAGUCCCAUGGAAUUAGUAAGGCUUGUCUGUACAGUAUGAGGAAAGCACAGAUGUUUGCAUAUGCAGGGCCCUAUUUGAUAGCAGUUUUAUACACAUUUUCUCUCAGUAUCUCUGCAAUAUACAUGAACGCCGAUACCAAUGAAAAAUACAGGGAACUUAAAUGGCAUUAUUUCAUGUCUAGUUUGUGUUGGUGACACUUGAUUAUUCAGUAUAUUCCAGCGUGUGAUAUUCAUUCCUUGAGUACGUGCCACACCCUAGGUUGGUUUCUCAGUGUUACAGCCAUUCACAGCCAUGAUGUGGUACAGGCCCAUAGAAUCAAGACUGAUUUGAUUCUUUAGAUAUGCACCUUAUUGUUUAAAAGCAGGACCCCUGUCCUGCUUUUCUAAUAUUUUAAACACUGUGAUCUUUCAGAAUGUGUUUAUUGUAUUAGUUUUGUAUUGUAGAUUAUGAUAGAAACUAGAUUUUAUAGCUUUUUAAAAGCAGUGAUAAUAUUAAGCUUCCUAGUGGCAGAACAAACUCUGUGUAUAUCCGUAUUAUGAAUAUUAAAGCUGUGAUUAUAUUUUGCCUUAAAUAAAAGUCCAACCUUGAACAGUA